AGUUGACACCAAGGAACCGUGACGAGAAACUAGUUACAGGUGGUAGCUCAGGUCAGCACAGGACAGGUGGAGAUAAGAAAGGUAUUUGACGGAGAAGUUCAGCUGGAGUGGACCAUAUUCAUUCUUUAGUUUGCUGACUGAACUCUUGCAGAAGAGGUUGGCGUAAAGAAAAACACUAUUUAAUCUGGAGUGGAUGAAGGAACAGCUGAAAGUCUCGCCUUGACCUCUGACCUGUAGGUGAGGGCCAUGUUAGCGGCCCGGAGCAGCGGCGGCGGUGUCCAGCCUCCCCACAUUCAUCGCAAACACUCGGUAGCGUCUCUGAGCGGCACCAAGCGCAACUCCCCGGAAAAGCGCAAUGCCUCCGCCGGGAAAGUGCAGUCCCAGGCCCGCAACAAGGCCAGCCUCAUCCGGGAGAUUGAGACCACCUGGUACCUGAAGAUGUUCGGCCUGGGCAAAGAGGAGACGGUGGCGCACAAGACUGGGAUGCCCUACAGAAACCUGGGGAAGUCUGGACUGCGAGUAUCGUGCCUAGGACUUGGAACGUGGGUGACAUUUGGUGGACAGAUCACAGAUGAGGUGGCAGAGCAGCUCAUGACCAUCGCGUACGAGAGCGGAGUGAACUUGUUCGACACAGCAGAGGUCUACGCCGGGGGCAGGGCCGAGAUCAUUCUAGGAAACAUCAUCAAGAAGAAAUGUUGGAGGAGAUCCAGUCUUGUCAUAACAACCAAACUUUACUGGGGAGGAAAGGCUGAGACGGAGAGGGGCCUAUCGCGAAAGCACAUUAUAGAAGGUCUGAAAGGUUCUCUACAGAGGAUGCAGAUGGAGUAUGUGGAUGUAGUUUUUGCCAAUCGCCCCGACAGCAACACUCCCAUGGAAGAAAUAGUGCGGGCCAUGACCUACGUGAUCAACCAGGGAAUGGCCAUGUACUGGGGCACGUCUCGGUGGACAGCGAUGGAGAUUAUGGAGGCGUACUCUGUGGCGCGGCAGUUUAACCUGAUCCCCCCGGUGUGUGAGCAGGCUGAGUACCAUCUCUUUCAGAGGGAGAAGGUGGAGGUGCAACUCCCCGAGCUCUACCACAAGAUAGGAGUCGGAGCCAUGACGUGGUCGCCCCUGGCCUGUGGCAUCAUCACCGGGAAGUACGAGAACGGCAUUCCGGAAACUUCCCGGGCAUCCAUGAAAUCGUACCAGUGGCUGAAGGAGAAGAUCGUCAGCGAGGACGGGAGGAAGCAGCAGGCCAAACUCAAAGAGCUCCACCACAUGGCCGAGAAGCUGGGCUGCACCCUGCCCCAGCUCGCAGUGGCCUGGUGUUUACGGAAUGAAGGAGUGAGUUCAGUUCUACUGGGAACCUCCAACCCUGAGCAGCUCACGGAGAACCUCGGGGCCAUCCAGGUCCUCCCUAAGAUGAGUUCACACGUUGUCUCAGAGAUAGACCACAUCCUGGGCAACAGACCCUACAGUAAGAAGGACUACCGCUCCUAAACACGGCUGACCCAGGUCAUUAGUGUAACAGUCACAUGUGUCCCCGCUCUCCGGUCUCCUCCUCUGCCUUCGAGACGUGUCCUCCUCCUCCCCUCUGCUCCGGUUCCUCAGGUCCUGUUCAGCCAAGAGACAUCAGUGCUUUCCUCCAGAAGCAGCUUUGUGGAAGUCUUACUACGCUGUACAAGUACUAUGCACAGCUUUAGCUACAGACAACAUUUCAGACAAACCAAUGUCACUUUUCAGGUUGUGUAUUCAGAAAAAAAGGCUAAACAUUAUCACCAAAACUAAUUAUAAGGAUUCUUUUUUUUAAUUUCAGAAUGCUAGCAAUCUGUAAAAAUUCAAUAUCCAACAAAAUUUGACAUUUUAAUUUGAAGCAAUCUGGUACAAAUCAUAAAUUUGCUACUACCUGUAUUUAUCUAAUGCUGAUUUCAAACGCUAAAACAUCAACAUUUGCUUCAUAUGUUGCACGGACAGAUCAUCUAAUUUAUAUUUGGGGUUAAACAAGACUUAAAGAUGCAUUGUGUAACUUUUCUGGUGAAGGGUCUGCCACCUUUUUGUUUCUAUGGAUAUGUCACUGCCUGGAAUGUUCCAUAGUAUGACAUUAAACAGAUCCACCUUACGUUUAUUUAAAUUACAUGUGGUUUUAUGGCUUAAAAAUAGCUAGAAAAACAUCAUUCUGACUGUAAGCGGGGUUUGUGCCUCUCCAUAGAUCUGACCUGUAACUUGGUCUGGUUUGGUCUCCAUGAAGCCAGCUUUCUAUCUAAUGCCAUACUGUGAAACAUUCCAGGCAAAGCAAUAACAUUUCCAUGGAGAAAAGCAU